UUGUGUACUUCAGUAAAAGCCACCGCGAGAUAUUAUUUUUAGAAACAGUCGUGAACUCAGGUCAUAUCUCAACUGCGCAUGCGUGCAAUGACCUAGGAGGCAACUUCCGUGUAUACAAUGGCGAGCGAUUCCUGGUUGAGUGAAUACGAGUCAUGCUCCUUGAUGGGGCAGAAGAUUAUGGAAACUAUCAACGAAAGAAACAAGCACAGCCGGACAAGUUCAAACUACACGAAGUUGUCUGCUAACGUAAGAACAUCGCUUCGCCAGUUUUCAAAUGACCUGAAUCGUCUUAAACAGAAUUUAAUAAGAGCUUCAUCAUCAUAUCACAUAACACAAAGAGAAGUUGAACGCCGACAGCAAAUGCUAGAUAGCCUUCUCACGAAAGAGAAACACAUUGAUCAGGCAUUCAAGAAUGACAGUGGAGAUAGCAGAUAUAUCCAGCCAUCCAGCAGGAGAGCGUUGUUAAAUCCACAAUCUGAAGACUUCGGGAGCACCAGCGACCCGUGGGGUCAGGGAGAUCCCCUCGAAAACGUGAGCAACACUGAGCUACAGUCACAACAGCAACAAAUUCUUGAUGAGCAGGAUCGAGGUCUGGAUGCGUUGUCGAGGGUGAUCGGGCGCCAGAAGCAGAUGGCCAUAGACAUCGGAAAUGAAGUGGACUCGCAAAACGAAAUCAUCGAUGACAUCACAGAUCACGUGGACGGAACCACCAGCCGGUUGAAGCGAGAAACACGUCACAUUGCUAUUGUGGACAGGAAGUCGGGCUCAUGUGGGUAUUAUAUCGUCAUCGUCCUCCUGUUCGUCGUCAUCAUUGUGAUUGUGGCCGUUCCGUACAACGGAAAACCGUGAGACAGCACUGAGGUGACAUGAUAGAAAUACAUGACAGACCCAGGGUGAAACGUCAGACAUUAUUUUGUUUAACGAACCAAGACAGUGUUAUGUAUAGUUAACAAACAGAAAGAUGUCAUGGCUACAUGUUUCCGAUAUGUGAUAAGCGAAUGAAGAAACGCUUGAAUGAUUGUUUUUUUUUCCCCUUUGUUUAAUGCUAUAAAAUGUGUGUAUUUCUUAUUCUUCAUUAUUAUCUUUUCGCCGGCGUAUUUGCUCUAUUGUACAUUACCUACCUCCCACUGAGUUUGCACACAAGUGUUGGGCGAUUGCUAAAAGGUUGAUAUAAUGAACUCAUAAUAAAUACAUCUAGGCUGA